CUGGCAGUUAGGGGCAAAACCACCGUAGGGACUGACUCUGAGGAGACCCAUCUCCCAGGUCUGAGUCCAUCUUUGCUUCUUGGCCUUCCUCCAGCCGGCGGGAUCGGGGAUCGGGGGCGUGGCGCAACCUUGACCCCGCCCCCGCCGCUGGGCUGCUGGGGCCUUGUCGCCAUGGUGACGGGCUGUACACUACCACAGUUUCCCAGCACCCUGGUUCCGGCAGCGCUGAGGCCACAGGGUCAUGGCCUCCCCGAAACCGCGAAGCUCCAGCUUCACCACCACGUCGAGAACACACUUGGGGUCUUCAGGAGUGACCAGAGAUGACGCUUUCCUCACAAAAACCAGGAACAUCCAGAAACACAGUCUUUCUCAGAAACAGAAGACACUGUUCUCCAUUGACAGCUACCUGUCCCCAUGGCCCACAUACUCCAGUGGCCAGACCAUUCUGCAUAAUCGAAAGCCCUGUUCAGAUGACUACCACCAGCGAGCAGGCAGCUACCAGCAGCAGCCUCUGGGCAUUACUAAGCCAAGGUACCUGGAACAGCUGGAGAACUACCUACGCAAGGAGCUCCUUCUGCUGGAUCUGGGCACAGAUUCUGCCCAGGAGCUGAGGCUGCAGCCUUAUAGAGAGAUCUUUGAGUUCUUCAUAGAGGACUUCAAAACCUACAAGCCAUUGCUAUCCUCCAUCAAGAAUGCAUAUGAGAUGAUGCUGGCCCACCAAAGGGAGAAAAUUCGGGCUCUGGAGCCCCUGAAGGCCAAGCUUAUCACUAUGAAUGAGGACUGCAAUGAAAAGAUCCUAGCCAUGAGGGCUGAAGAGAGACACGAAAUAUCCAUGCUGAAGAAAGAGAAAAUGAAUUUGCUAAAGCUCAUUGACAAAAAGAAUGAAGAGAAGAUCUCAUUACAGAGUGAGGUAACCAAAUUGAGGAAGAACUUGGCUGAGGAGUACUUGCGUUACCUCAGUGAGCGCGAUGCCCGCAAGAUCCUCAUUGCAGACCUGAAUGAGCUACGGUACCAGCGAGAGGACAUGUCAUUAGCCCAGUCCCCAGGCAUCUGGGGGGAGGACCCCAUGAAGUUAACACUGGCUCUGAAGAUGGCCCGGCAAGACCUGACCCGUACACAGAUGGAACUCAACACCAUGAAGGCCAGCUUUGGAGAUGUGGUGCCCAGGAGGGACUUUGAAGUGCAGGAGAAGACCAACAAGGAUCUUCAGGAACAGCUAAACAGCCUUAGAGACGACUACAAAGAGGUCUGCAGGGAGCAUGAGAUUCUGCUGCAGCUGCACAUGAGCACGGUGAAGGAGCGGGACCAGUUUUAUUCUGAGCUCCAGGAGCUCCAGCGCACCUCCACGCCACGGCCUAACUGGGCCAAGUGUGAAGAUGUGGUGGCUGGGGGCCCAGAUCGCUGGCAAAUGCUGGCCAAAGGCAAGAACAGUGACCAGCUGGUGGAUGUGCUCCUGGAGGAGAUCGGCGAGGGGUUCCUCCGGGAGAAAGACUUCUUCCAUGGUCUGGGCUAUGGAGAAUCCAUCCCACCUUUCCUUCGGUUUGAUGGCACUGUGGAGAACAAGAAGCCAACCAAGAUGGAUGUGGUAAACCUCCUCAAGGAUGCCUGGAAGGCACGUCUUGCUGAGGAGCAGAAAGAGAGUUUCCCAGAUUUCUUCUUCAAUUUCCUGGAGCGUCGCUUUGGACCUAGUGAUGCCAUGGCUUGGGCUUAUACCAUUUUUGAAAAUAUCAAGCUCUUCCACUCUAAUGAAGUCAUGAGUCAGUCCUAUGCAGUCUUGAUGGGAAAGAGGAAAGAGAGCGUGUACAUCAAGCAUAAGGAGACAAUAGCUCAUCUGCUGAAGGAAAUGACAAAUGUUGACAGUCAGAAUGAGGGGCUACUAACCAUGGAGCAGUUAAGGACUGUCCUCAAGAGCACCUUCCCCUUCAAAAAGGAAGAGAAAAUCCAUGAAUUGAUGGAGGCAGUGGGCUGGGAUCCCAACAGCAGCAACACAGACUUGUUCCAAUAUUGCUCAUUGUUUAUGGAGGAUGAGGAGGGCCAGAGUGUGCCCUUUGUUCAAAAGCUGUGGAAACAGUACCUGGAUGAAAAGGAUGGGUACUUACAGGAGCUAAAGCACCAGCUGGGCCUGGAACUCCAUGAUGAGGUGUCCCUACCCAAAAUACGUGAGGCCCUGAUGAACAUCGAUCCCAGCCUGGACAAGGAGACCCUGAACAGCUACUUGAGCCAGGCCUUCCAGCUUCCUGUGACAGAACUACCAGAGGAUGUGAAGGAAGGGGACAUUGUCCUAGGGCUCUGGACUGCCCUGGAACGACUUCAGAUGGCUGACAUCAGGCGCAUGGGGCCUCGAGAUACAGCCUGAGCUAGCCCCUGACAUUUAUAAAAUUGUUUGUCUGAA